AUGCUCGGAAAUCAUCACUCACUGCAGCCUUUGGGCUGCUCUCAACCUUCUCUGACGGACCCUCUGGACCCCAAGUCCAGCUUUGUAUACUUCAACUCGAAAGAGCGGAAGAUUUUCAGGCGUGCCCUGGGCGAAGGCAAGUCUAGGGAGGAGGCCUUAAAAAUGGCCAAAACACUGCUACAAGAGGCGAUAAUAGACUUCACGAUUGAGAACUCGAGCGCGGACGUAAAGCCCGCGGUCGACAGUUGCGUACCUCGAGGUGGGUGGCUUCUUGUCAUCUGCUCGAACGCUCAAACGGCGACGUGGCUAAAAUCAAACGCCCAGUUUAUUAAGACCAAGUGUCGCUUGGACGUUAACUUUUUGGAGGAAAAUGAGUUCCCUCGAACUCGUGUAAUCCGAGGAUAUUUCCCCCAGAGUCUGCAGCUCAGUAACGAGAAGAUUCUGAACACCAUCACUGCUCAGAAUCGCAUUUCGACCGGUAGCUGGGAGAUAUCGCACAGGCUGCCAAGUGGUCAGUUUGUACAUUUGGUACUACUCAUUGACCACGUAUCAAUGACGAGACUCGCUGCGGUGAAUGGUCGGAUAGCCUACAGAUUCGGGAAACAUAAAAUUACAUCUGAGGGACACUUCGCCUACGAAGGAGCCGCAGAGUGUUGA